GGACUCGGACCAUCGAAGAAGAUUCACUGGCCAACAUGAAGAACAAACGCAUCCCUGGAUAGAAAAUGUGGAUGGUUUUACGCUAAUUUAGGCAGCACGGGCGUUGCUUUGUUAUUGUAUUGAUAUACAUGACUAACAUACAUGAAUGUUAACCCGGGUAUAUUGGUUACUUGUAACUAAGUCAACAGAUUUUUUGGUGGUCUUCCGUAGUGAGGCUUAAAUUGGGCAAGCCUUGUAUUUAUUUUUGGAGACUGGACCUCAGCACAAAGAUGCCGCUAGGUUUGAAACCAUGUUGCUCUGUCUGCAAGACGAAUUCGUCUUCGAUGUGGAAGAAAGGCACCCAGGGAGAGAUACUGUGCAACAACUGUACUGGAAGGAGUGCCAUCGGAGGACCAGCUGGACCAUCUAUAUCCUCCAUCACGCUACCAAAUAAUGGUGGAGGAAAGCAGUCAAAGCAGGAAAUUCACAGGAGGUCAGCACGACUCAGAAGCACCAAAUAUAAAGCUCCCGCAUCAGAAAAGAAAGUGUCAACAAAAGGAAAGGGGAGGAGACACAUAUUCAAACUGAAAAAUCCAAUCAAAGCACCUGAUUCCGUAGCUACCAUCAUCACUUCAGAAUCACUUUUUUACAAGGGAGUGUACUUUCAGAUAGGAGAUGUGAUCAAGGUUAUCGACGAGGACGAUGGCAAGCCCUACUAUGCUCAGAUCCGAGGUUUUGUUCAGGACCAGUACUGUGAAAAGAGCGCCGCCUUGACGUGGCUCAUCCCUACCCAAGCUAGUCCAAAAGACCAGUUUGAUCCUGGGACGUAUAUUGUUGGCCCAGAAGAGGAUCUGCCAAGAAAGAUGGAGUACCUGGAGUUUGUGUGCCACGCCCCCUCCGAAUACUUCAAGUCCUGGAGCUCGCCCUUCCCCACCGUCCCCGUCCGCCCAGAGAAGGGCUACAUCUGGACCCACCUCGGACCCCAUCCAGCUCCUUCCAUAAAGGAGUCUGUUGGAGUCAGUAGCUAGCGGGGUCCGCUUCAUGACCCUCAAUGCAUGGAGACACGUGCACAUUCAUGUAUCAUAGUACUUAUGUUUCCAGAGUAAACAUUGUCAACUAAAUUCUAAACAUUACACAAAAUGUUUCAAUCAAAUUGAAAGGAAUUCAUAGAAUUACGGUUUCAAUCAUCGUCUGAACCUUUUUCCAAUGCGUUGGUGGAAUCGCAGAAAGAUCUAUGACUUUGACAAACAAAAUGAAAAAACUGAUGUAAAAACAUUGUAAAUACAUUCAUUGCUGUUAUUGGUGCUAUUCUAUAUAAAAAAAAUGUUUAAAUAAAAUCAUGUCCAGUAA